AUGGGCCGAUUAAAGCUGGCGACGCAGCGAACGUCGGCGCUGAAUGCGACGCCGGCGGGCGAGGUGGAGAAGCGACGCAAGCUGUCGUACGAGCUGCUGGGCGAGGCGGGCGAAAACCUCUUCAUCACGUCGCCCUUUCUCUGCGACUAUGGUUGCCAUAUCACAGUGGGUAGGCUACCUUUCCUCUCCCACCUCCCUUCAUUCCCUUCCCGCUCCGUUUUCUCAAUCCCUCCAUCUUACCCGUGCGCCCUUCCACUGAUCCCCAUCCACGCACGCCCCCCACCACCGGCAGGCCGCAACGUGUACAUGAACUUUGGGUGCGUGCUGCUGGACUGCAACCGCAUCACCAUCGGCGACGACGUCCUCUUUGGCCCCUACGUGCAGCUCUACACGGCAGCGCACCCCACGCACCCCGCCACGCGGCUCACGGGAGUGGAAACCGCACACGCCAUCACCAUAGGCUCCAAUGUGUGGCUCGGCGGGGGGGUGAUUGUGUGCCCUGGGGUUAGCAUUGGGUCGCACACGACUAUUGGUGCUGGAAGUGUGGUGACCAAGGAUAUUCCGGACUGUUGUGUGGCGGUGGGGAACCCCUGUAGGGUGAUUAAGACUGUUCCUGCCCCUGAGCCCAGAGCAGAGCUGCUUCCUCCGGCAAAUGGGGAGGGUGGCACGGACAUGGAAAAGGAAUAG